AUUCAGAAUGAUGAAUUACGGCGGUUGACCGGCUCGGAGCGCUUAUCACUGGAAGAUGAGUACGAUAUGCAGAUGAAGUGGCGCGAAGAUGAUGAUAAAUGCACAUUUAUCAUUUUGAGCAGAAAACUGAUUGAUUCAGGCGUCGACGAGAUUGGAAGUAUGGUUGGUGAUGUAAAUAUCUUUAUAAGAGAUGGGGUUGGCGAACUGGAAAUUAUGAUUGCCGAGCCUGAGUGUCGUAGCCAAGGGCUGGGCCGAGAAGCGACGCAAAUGAUGCUGAAAUAUGCCGUUGAAACUCUUGGCCUUAACGAAUUUCAAGUGAAAAUCACGGAUGACAAUGCCCCAAGCAUAUCUCUUUUCCAGAAACUUGGUUUUGUUAUUGUUUCACACAGUGAUGUAUUCCGUGAACAAACGCUAACAGCUGAUUUUGAAAAGCUCCAAAACAUAAUCUCACAGCAGUGCUUGCAUUACGGAACUUUGAUGAUUUUCGGUGAUAUUACUUAUAAUUGAGU